AGGUUGUUUGGAGGAUCCCAGUGUUCAUCCAUAGGGCGUCGGAAUUUCCACCGCAACACAAACAAGCAGAUGGUGCCGCCUGCUUCAGUUUGUAUUAUCCGGUCUUCGCCGCAUGUCAAGCUACCAAUCUGCCGCCAAUGGCGAGGUGAGGGCUCUUUAUUUUAUUUUUC